UCUCUUCUUCUGCGAUCUAAAAAAAUUCCACUCCGACCCCAAGGCCGAGCCACCCACCGCCCCCUCGCAGCCAUGGACAUGCGGGCCCUCAACUUGAAGGCCGGCGGGCCCUUCCUCGCGCCCAGGCGCAACCCGCCGCCGACGUGGGCUCCCCUCCCCGCCGGGGAGGCCGGCUCGCUGGCUGUCGGGUCGACGAGGGGGCCGCGGUGGCCCAGGUUGGCGGCGAGCGCGUCGGGGAAGAAGAGCCACAGCAGUCCCGACGCCGACGAGCCCAGGAACAAGGCCUCUUCUUCCGGAAAAGGCGAUGCAUCUUCUCCCAUUGGAGAUGACAAUGCAAUGAGCCAAACCCAUGGCGAACCGAAAUCCAAUGACACCAUGUAUGUACCCAGCAACUUGUCGUAUUGGCGGGAUGUGAGGGCAAGCUUUGUGAUUCCGAAGUCGGAGCAAGCAGUCGACGUAAAUACUCUACCACAGACAUCAUUCGAUGGCCCAGUACACUGUCUUCCUCGGAAAUGGGCCCAUUCCAUCUCUGCCCCAGAAUCUGGCUGUGUGUUGGUUGCCACGGAAGAGCUUGAUGGGAACGGUACCUUCGAGAGAACUGUCAUCCUCCUCCUGAAACUAGGUUCAAGAGACGCCUACGAUGGCCCAUUCGGCGUCAUCCUGAAUCGCCCACUCUACACAAAGAUGAAACACGUGAAUCCAUCCUUCCGCGACCAGGCGACACCUUUCAGCGACUGCUCCCUGUUCUUCGGAGGCCCUGUUGAUAUGAGUGUAUUCUUGAUGCGGACCAACGAGGGCAGGCCCAUCAAGGGGUUCGAAGAGGUGGCGCCGGGCGUAUGCUUCGGGUUCAGGACCGACCUGCAGAAGGCUGGCCACCUGAUGAAGAACGGUGCAGUUAACCCUGAGGACCUGAAGUUCUACGUCGGGUACUCCGCUUGGGAUCACGACCAGCUGCUGAGCGAGAUCGACGCGGGGUACUGGGUCGUUACCUCCUGCAGCUCAGGCCUGAUAACGGACGCGCUGACGGCCGACCCUUCUUGCCUGUGGAGCGAGGUACUGCAGCUGCUGGGAGGCCAGUACGCGGAGCUGAGCCAGAAACCGAAGGAAGAUAGCGCGUGAAGCCUCGUACUUGCGGCAUGGCACAGCGAACUGUUGUGUUCGAUUUGUACAUAAUUCAGUAAUCUCGUCCGGUCAGCGGUCACAUCAUGUGGGGAGGCUGUUUUUUCUUCUGUUUCUUGGAUCAAAUAAUGUAUUUACUGUUAGUCCUUGUACAACCUUUUUCCCUUUUUAUGAGAAAAAAGAAACGACGCAGGACC